AGAUGUCCGCUAUCUAUCAUGAGAUAAAACGCCUAAUACCUGAGAAUUUUACGAAAAUAAUUGCUUAUAUUAACACGGAUGUUAAUCUAACAAAUCAGAUAAAUGAUGCCCUGGCUCUCUAUGAUACGAAUAAAGAGAAACGUAAUUACUUGAUAUCUUUCCUGGAAUCUUUGAGAGCUGAGCAACCAAGUGCCACUGGUUUUUCAAGAGAACCAACCGGUCUAGUGCAUGUUUUUAUUGACAAUUCCAACGUCGAAAUUGAGGGAAAGAAAUUUGUUAGUAACCUUCAGGCUGUUUUUGAAAACCAGCUUUGUUUAGAUUACGGACGACUUCUUGGAUUAGUUCUGAAUGGACGACAAAUGGGCGAAGAUCCAGUCAUCGUCGGAUCGCGUCCACCACCAAAUGAUUCUUUGUGGAAAGAAAUUGAAGAUCUUGGAUUUCAGGUAAAAGUCCAUGAUCGAAUUUUUCGUGAUAAAGAAAAAGAGGUUGACAAUGAACUUGGAGCUUUUAUCAGUGAUGCCAUUCAGGAACAUAAAAGACUGGGAAUAAUUGUGUUAGUUGCUGGCGAUGGUGAUCACAGUCCUUUUUUGAGGCGAGCGCUAUUAAGAGGCUGGAUCAUUGAGGUUUGGUUUUGGACUGAAGGUAAUGAAAUAUUGCAAUUGUGGAUUAUUAUUUCUAAUUAUGUCAUCAUAAAUCUAGAUCCUUAUUAUUUACGUUUUAUAUAUGCUUAUAGACGCGAAAACACUGGGAGAAAAAUAUUCCUCGAGAUAGAAGAUAUUGUUGGAUCUUGGGAUAGUGAAAACAUGAUGGAAUGUUAUGAGGAAUUAAAUUUGUUCUGUUGGUGGUGGCACAAACCUCAUAAUACUUUUUACAUGUAUUUCGAUGAAUAUGAGCAAUGGAGAGAAGCGAAACAUUGGAUUCAGAAAAAAUAUUCUAAUGUUGCUGAAUACAAAAAAG